CUGUUCUAAGCUUUUCUACAUAAUUUUGGUUUUUUUGCAACUUUUUUUUGGUUGAUUAAGGAUUUAUAGGUCUGUUGUAGAGGUUUUGGCUUGGGGGGAAUGAUUACUGGGAUAAAUUACAUGUCAAGUUUUAUUCCUGCAUUUGCCCUAAUGAAUUACUUUUGAUCUGGGCUUGCUUUGCUCUUUUUAUCCCUCCUCAAUUUCUCUUCGUAAUUUCAUGUUUAGUUCACCAGUAUGCUGAUUUUGAUCUUUGGGUGUUGUCAUCGAUCUGGGCUUUUUGUUUAUAAUUUUUUUUUAUUUUUUACUUUUUUUUUUGUUGAAUUAUGAAGCCCAAGUUGUAAUAGGAUAAAACCAUAGAUCUGCUCUCCUCGUUGACCCGUUUCAGCCCUUCUAUUGGAGUGGAAUACCCAUUUUAACCCUGACCCGUUUGUGGUGUGGGUCCUUAAAACAACCGUUUGUUUGAUAAAUACCUAUAGGGCCCAUACUUAGAUCGGUUAAGCGGUGCACAUAUGAAGUCUGAACGAGUUGAGUUUGGGUCGGUGGUACUGGGCCAACCGGUCUUAUACCUGCAAACUUGCAGGUGCCUCAAAACUCCUGGAUUUGCGCUCAUUUGCUGAUGGUGUCUAGCUUGUUAGGCUUGCCUAGAAACCAAGGUUUGUUAGGUAGAGGGCUUGUCGUAAAUGUGAGAAGCUCUUACUGCCUGACUCAUCCGGGCUUCUGUACGAUAUUCACUUGUUGAGCCGAGAUGGCAACACCUGAAGAUAACAAUGCUCUGGUUACUCCAGAGGCACAACCUAACAAGCGGAGAAAAAAGAAGUCCAUAGUCUGGGAACACUUCACUAUAGAAACUGUAAGUGCUGGAUGUAGAAGAGCAUACUGUAAGCAAUGCAAGCAAAGUUUUGCAUAUAGCACGGGUUCGAAAGUAGCUGGUACCAGUCAUCUCAAGCGUCACAUUGCCAAAGGAACCUGCCCAGCACUGCUGCGCAAUCAAGGGAAUCAAUUGAUGCCAUAUACCCCUGGCAGUGGAAAUGGCACUGCAUCUGAUGCACCGAAACGUCGCUACAGGUCUCCUAGCUCGCCCUACAUUUCAUUUGAUGCAGACCGUUGCCGUCAUGAAAUUGCUAAGAUGAUCAUCAUGCAUGACUACCCACUUCACAUGGUUGAACAUAGUGGGUUUGUAACUUUUGUUCAAAAUCUUCAGCCCCGGUUUGGCAUGGUGAGCUUCAAUACUGUCCAAGGGGAUUGUGUUGCAACAUACCUGAGGGAAAAGCAGAAUUUAAUGAAGUUUAUUGAGGGAAUGCCUGGACGUGUUUGUCUUACAUUGGACAUGUGGACUUCAAGUCAAAGUUUAGGGUAUGUUUUUGUAACUGGACACUUCAUUGAUAGCGAUUGGAAACCACAUAGGCGGAUUCUCAAUGUUGUGAUGGAACCAAAUCCUGAUUCAGAUACUGCUCUCAGCCAUGCUGUUGCUUGUUGCCUUUCUGAUUGGAGUCUGGAGGGCAAACUAUUUUCUGUUACAUACAAUCAUCCAGUGGGUGAACCUGGCCUUGAAAAUCUUAGAUCACUACUUUGCAUAAAAAAUCCCCUUAUUCUCAAUGGUCAAUUGUUGAUUGGGAACUGCAUCGCACAUACUAUAAGCAGCAUUGCAAAGGAUGUAUUGUGGGCUGGGCGGGAUAUUGUUAAGAAAAUCCGAGACAGUGUUAAGUAUGUGAAGACUUCAGAAUCUCACGAGGAAAAGUUUGUUGAGCUCAAGGAACAACUUCAAGUGCCCAGUGAAAGAAGUCUAUCUCUGGAUGAUCAAUCACAAUGGAACACAACAUAUCUGAUGCUGGUAGCUGCAUCUGAGCUAAAAGAAGUAUUUUCUUGCUUGGAUACUUCUGAUCCUGAUUACAAAGAGGCCCCAUCCAUGGAACACUGGAGGCAGGUUGAGACUAUGUGUGCUCUUUUGAGACCUCUUCAUGACGCAGCAAACAUCCUUACCUCCACAAAUAGUCCAACUGCGAUUACAUUCUUUCAGGAAGUAUGGAAGAUCCAGAGUGAUCUAGCUCGUGCAGUUGCCAGUGAGGAUCCUUUUGUCAGCAGUAUUACCAAAGCAAUGCAAGAAAAGAUCAGCAAAUAUUGGAAGGAUUGCAGCUUGGUUUUGGCAAUUGCUGUAGUAAUGGAUCCUCGCUUCAAAAUGAAGCUUGUGGAAUUCAGUUUUUCAAAACUUUAUGGUGAAGAUGCGCCUGCAUUUAUCAAGAUUGUUGAUGAUGGGAUCCAUGAGCUCUUUCUUGAAUAUGUGGCCCUUCCUUUGCCCCUAACUCCAACUUAUGCAGAAGAAGGAAAUACGGAAAACAACAUGAGGUCAGAUGACCACCAGGGAACUCUCCUGUCAGACAAUGGACUCACAGAUUUUGAUGUCUACAUCAUGGAGACUACUAGCCAGCAGAUGAAGUCAGAGUUGGAUCAGUACUUGGAAGAAUCAUUAUUGCCCCGUAUGCAUGAUUUUGAUGUGUUAAGUUGGUGGAAACUAAACAAGCUGAAAUUCCCAACUCUUUCGAAGAUGGCUCGAGAUAUUUUAACCAUUCCAGUAUCUGCAGCUGCUCCAGACUCUGUAUUUGAUACUGUGAACAAGGAGCUGGAUCAGUACCGGACUUCCUUGCGACCGGAGACAGUAGAAGCGCUGGUGUGUGCCAAGGACUGGCUUCAGUAUGUAUCUGCUGAAGCUUCAAAUGCACUUGUGAAAAUGGAGUUUUAGAUGUAGGAUUUAUUUGUGUUAGGAUGAUGUGUAGAAUUGUAGGUUUAGUUCUAUAAUUGAGCAUUAGUUUAUGUGGUGUACCAUUGAAAAGAAUUGUUUGGGUGAUUGGACAUUGGAAUUCUAGUUUGCAGACUGCCUUCGUCAUCGCAAUGAUAAAUCAGCUGUUACUUUUGUGCGUGGGCUCUGCUCGCAAAAGAUGACAUUGCUGAGCUAACUUACUGGUUCUGCAGAAUUGCUAGUUGGAAAGGCGAUGUGCGGUUAUGCGAGUAUGGUUAUUUCCUUUUGGAUUUCGGAGCUUC